GCUGAAGAAAUUAAACUUUAAUCUGUCUUUUCUAAGUAGGGUGAGGCCUUUUCCUACUUUUAACUUUACGUCUUUUUGUUGAGAAAGGGAGAAUCUUUGGGCCAUACAAUCCCUUUGCUUGGAUAAUUUUAUUGAAAAUCCAGUUGGGUAGUUUCAUUAUUACUUGUUAGUUGUUUCUUCUCUUUUUCUUUCUGUGGGAAUUUUACUUUAAAUAGCGUAAACCUGGACUGUGAAAGUGAACAUAAAGGAGGUACUAAAUUCUAUAAUAUUAGCACUAACUUCCCUCUAAGUCAUGGAAGAAUAAGUAUUUCCGUAAUCUCUACGAAAGCUGCAACGGUAUUUCAAGUCUUUUCCUUUUCAAAUGAUGCCUAUCUCAAUAAGUGGAUUAGCAUGUCAAUGCUUCUUCAUUUAAGAUGACAUAAAUGCCACACUUUCAAUCUAGUCAAUCCUUCUUCAUUUGAGCAAAUUGCAAAUCACCCUGGCAGAAGCAGAACAAUAAAGAACAUGUCUUCAAAUCAAGUAGUACCAGGUCCAAUUCAACUCAAUUUCAGUCAAUACGACAUCAUCAUCUCUCUAAAUCAAGAAAAUCAAGAUCAACAACAGGCUGCAUUUGAGUACAUUCUUAAUGUAGUUGUUUACGCCUCUGUUGUCCUGGUGUUGCUGAUGGUUGUGGCGUUGCUAAUCAAAUUACUUGGAGUUUGUAAUGGCGAAUUGGAAAGAAAUGAUACUAUAAGAAGAGAGACGGACAGAUUAAUAUCGAAAGCGGGUGCUUCUUUUACUUACGGAACAUGUGAUGAAGAUGAUUUGGAAUCGGGAAAUUGCAGUCGUUCUAGUUCAUCAGAGGAUUUGUAUGAUGAAAACAUAUGCAUAGUUUGCUAUGAUAAAAAACGAGAUUGUUUCUUUAUUCCUUGUGGCCAUUGCACUACUUGUCACUCUUGUGCAAAGAGGAUUGCUGAGGAAGAAAACAAGAAUUGCCCAAUUUGCCGGCGAGUAAUUCGGAGAGUAAGAAGAGUGUUUAUUGCGUAAACUCAUGUUGCUCUUUUGUAAUUAAUGUAAAUGAUGCAUUUGACUCUUUCUAAAUCGACAAUGGUAAUAUCACUAUACUUUUUAAUUGCAAGUUGCUGUUUUGCUGA